UGUGCUUGGCUGUUAUUAAUUAAGUGGUUACUUCAUGCCACGUCUCACUGUCAACUUUCUAAAUGCCCUGUAAACAGGAACAAGCUUUAACUGAAGAGACCGGGAAUGAAGUGCCUUCUGACUCUGAUGGUUAAUUUUAUAACACUUUCCUCUGCUUUUCCUCCUGACAGAAAGGACAAAAAUGAGGAGAACAAUCAACUGGCCCAGGCAUAUCUCAACCAGUUCUACUCUCUUGAAAUAGAAGGGAGUCAUCUUGUCCAAAACAAAAACAGGAGUCUCUUAGACGGAAAACUUCGGGAAAUGCAGGCAUUUUUUGGAUUAACAGUGACCGGAAAACUGGAUUCAGAUACCCUCGAGAUUAUGAAGGUGCCCAGGUGUGGGGUGCCAGACGUGGGGCAAUAUGGCUACACCCUCCCUGGGUGGAGAAAAUACAACCUUACAUACAGAAUAAUGAACUACACUCCUGAUAUGACUCCAGCUGAUGUGGAUGAGGCUAUUCAGAAAGCUCUACAAGUUUGGAGCAAGGUCACUCCACUGGUGUUCACCAGGAUAUCCAAGGGGGUUGCAGAUAUAAUGAUAGCAUUCAGGACAAGAGUCCAUGGCUGGUGUCCUCGUCACUUUGAUGGUCCUCUGGGAGUCCUUGGCCAUGCCUUUCCUCCUGGUCUGGGUCUAGGUGGUGACACACACUUUGAUGAAGAUGAAACAUGGACAGCCAGGGAUGGGGAAGGGUUCAGCUUGUUUCUCGUGGCUGCUCAUGAAUUUGGUCACUCUCUGGGGCUCUCCCACUCCAAUGAUCAAACAGCCUUGAUGUUCCCCAAUUACGUCUCCCUGGAUCCUAGCAAAUACCCACUUUCUCAGGAUGAUAUUGAUGGGAUCCAGUCUAUUUAUGGAAGACCACCUAAGGUACCCACCAAGCCAAAUGGAAACCCUGAACCCCACGCCUGCGACCCCAACUUGACUUUUGAUGCUAUCACUACCUUCCGCAGGGAAGUCUUAUUCUUUAAAGGCAGGCACUUAUGGAGGAUGUACUCUGAUAUCACUGGUGCUGAGUUUGAGUUUAUUGAUUCCUUCUGGCCAUCUCUGCCAGCUGAUCUUCAAGCUGCCUAUGAAAGCCCCAGAGAUGAAGUCCUUGUUUUUAAAGAUGAGAAUUUCUGGGUGAUCAGGGGGUAUUCUGUCUUGCCCAAUUACCCCAAAUCCAUCCACACACUCGGGUUUCCAAAACGUGUGAAGAAGAUUGAUGCAGCUGUCUGUGACCAUGGUACAAGGAAAACCUUCUUUUUUGUUGGCAUCUGGUUCUGGAGGUAUGAUGAGAUGGCGCAAGCAAUGGACAGGGGAUUCCCACAGAGGAUAAUGAAGCACUUCCCAGGAAUUCGCCUGCGUGUGGACGCUGUCUUCCAACGUAAUGGAUUCUUCUAUUUCUUCCGUGGGUCGAGGCAAUUUGAGUACAGCAUGAAGGUGAAGAAUAUCACCCAAGUGAUGAAAGCCAAUACUUGGUUCAUGUGUAAUGAACCAUUAAACUCAUCAUUCAAUGUCAGUAUCAAAGGAAAAGCGCAUUCAAUUGGUACAGUGAUAUUACAUCAUAAAAGUGUAAGCUUGCUCAUUUUCAGUAUUGUUCAUGUGCUGACAAAAACAUACAAUUAACAGUAAAUGGCACAAAUAAAUCAAAACAAAUCUUUUUAACCUGAACUCUGCCUCAGAAAGACUCAAGAGUGGGAGAGAUGACCCAGUGGUUAAGAGCACUGGCUGCUCUUUCAGAGGACCCGGGUUUAAAUCUCAGCACUCAUGUGGCAGUCGGCAACUCUUUGUAACUCCAGGCCCAGAGAAAUCGGAUGCCCUCUCUGGCCUCUGAGGGCCUCUGUGCACCAUGUUUGGCCCACAGAGAUAGACAUGCAACCAAACAGCUAUAUAUUUAAGAUAAAAUGAGAAAAGUAAAAGAACUGGGCUACAUUCUUUAACAUCAAGUUCUCAAUACUACUAUAUAUCACCUGGGUAACCAGUAACUAGUUGAAAUCUAGCUUGAGAGCCAGGGCCUGCUUACCACACUCAGAGAUCACUUAAGCAUCUGAUUCUUCUAACAGUAGGGUUUUAAAUAUGACAAAGAUCUCUCACUUACUUUGAGCCUAAUUAAUGCUUUGCAAACUUGGAAAAGUAAAACAUGUCUUAAAAAUAAACACUAAAGACAAUUCUUAAUUCAAUCAUUAUCACUUCAUUUUGUUUAGUCCUCUGAGGCCCAGUUGAGAAGCCCAGUAAACUGCAUCCUUUGUCCCUAUGAGCCUGCUGGACUCACCAAUCAAAUAAGCCAUUUUACUUCCCAGAAGUAGGCUGAGAACUUGGGUAAGAUAAGUAUGUUACACUUAAGGCAAGUCCCUAACAAUUAAGGGACUAGAUAGAGUAGGAAAGAAAUGUUCCCCCUAGAUGUCCACAAAUUGCCCAAUGUAUUUAACUGCCCUUACAUAAUAUGAAAUUAAGUUUUGUCCACAUUAAUCUCAUAUAUAAGAAAUAUAGAUCUGACACUGUGCUCAAGAUGUGUGGGCAUCAUCUGAGUCUGCAGAUAAAAGUUCAUUUCCUCUUGGUCCCACCAAGCAUUCACUGAGUUAGUAAACUCACGCAAUUGGGCCUUAUUCUUCUAUCCUCAAGGUGACAUACUUAGCGAAGCUCUGAAUAAAUUUUCUCACCCAGAAGUUGGAAGAUUAUCAGUUAAAGUUGUUUCUGUUAGGCUGAUAUACUGAGAAUGUAUCAAAUGAGAAAAAAAAAUAAGUAUAGACAACCUGGCACUUUCUUUUUGUCCCCUGUGAGUAGGUAUGAAAAGAAACAGCUUUUGAAGCAAGCAUGAAGAAAGUUAUGGUGACAGUGGUUGUUUUCUCAACAGAUCUGAGCAAGUCAAAGAGAACAAAAAUUAAUUCAUAAAGACAUGUUUGGUUUUUCUCUAGCUUGAAAGCAAAGAGAGAAACUUAUCAUAACCUUUCUACUGUUUAGCAUGAGUAGAUUCUUCAGAUAUUGGAUGUGGAUAGAAGAGGCUGAGGAAAUGCUAGAAACUAUCUUUAGCUUGCUGGUCAAAACAUCUUAAACUUUAGUUCUCUAUCUACUUACUACACAGUAAUCUAUCCAAAGUCUUAGAGAAAUAAGACUUCACUUGUUACUGAUUCAAAUGACUUUGAGUCUAACCUAUAAAAGAUGAAAAAAAAAGAAAAAGAAAAGACAAAAGAAACACCAGAAAGAAGAUACAGCAAUAAAUCUUAGAGUUGGGGGAGAACUGUUUCCAGAGCAGAGAAGCGUUCUAUUUGACUCCAAUGUAUGGUUCUCUCAAUGUAUGGUUUAUUGCUUCCAUAAUCAGAAAACUAGAUUUGAUUUAAACUUUCAGAUCUGUUCAA